AUGGUGGAGGAAGCCCAGAUCAUCCACAGCGGCCACUUCAUGGUGUCGUCGCCGCACCGCGAGCACCCGCCCAAGAAGGGCUACGAUUUCGACACGGUCAACAAGCAGACGUGCCAGACCUACAGCUUCGGCAAGACCAGCUCCUGCCACCUGUCCAUCGACGCCUCGCUCACCAAGCUCUUCGAGUGCAUGACCCUGGCCUACAGUGGGAAGUUGGUGUCUCCAAAGUGGAAGAAUUUCAAAGGCCUGAAGCUCCAGUGGAGAGACAAGAUCCGGCUCAACAACGCCAUCUGGCGGGCGUGGUACAUGCAGUAUUUGGAGAAGCGCAAGAAUCCUGUGUGCCACUUUGUCACUCCGCUGGACGGCUCUGUGGAAGUCGAUGAGCAUCGCCGGCCAGAGGCCAUCACCACAGAAGGGAAGUACUGGAAAAGCCGCAUUGAGAUUGUGAUCCGGGAGUAUCACAAGUGGAGAACCUACUUCAAGAAAAGGUUACAGCAGCACAAGGAUGAGGACCUCUCCAGCCUGGCCCAGGAUGAUGACAUGCUUUAUUGGCACAAACACCGGGAUGGAUGGAAGACUCCAGUCCCAAUGGAGGAGGACCAGCUGCUGGAUACAGACAUGCUCAUGUCAGAAUUCAGCGACACACUCUUUUCCACCCUCUCCUCACACCCACCGGUGGCUUGGCCCAACCCACGGGAAAUAGCACAUCUGGGAAACGCAGAUAUGAUUCAGCCAGGGCUGAUUCCUUUGCAGCCCAAUCUGGACUUCAUGGACACUUUUGAACCUUUCCAGGACCUCUUCCCUUCCAGCCGCUCCAUUUUUGGCUCCAUGCUGCCUGCACCUGCCUCAGUAUCUGCACCAGAUCCCAACAGCCCACCUGCUCAGGAGAGCAUCCUGUCCACCACCUCUCUUCCCACCGUGAGCCUCCCUGACAGCCUCAUCGCGUCCCCUGCAGCCACCGCCCUGGACCCCACAGAUAGGCCCAGCUGUGAAGGCGCUUCUCAGUCUGAGGACUCUUUUAUCCAGCCCGCAGACUUUGGUCCCUCUGCGCCCCCACUGAGUGUCCCACAGCCUUUCCUCCCUGUGUUCACGGUGCCUGUGCUCUCUCCCAGCCCUGCCCCAACGCCGGCUCCGCCUGCUAUGCCGUUAGUCCCUCCUCCUGCCACCACCCUGAACCCUGCAACCCCAACUGCCUUCCUGCAGCCACAGAAGUUUGCUGGAACCAACAAAUCCCCUGCUGUCAUUACCCACACGGCUUCUACCACCCCCACACAUGAUGCCUCUGCCACCACCUUCAGCCAGAGCCAGGGCCUUGUCAUCACCACUCGCCACCCCACCCCCUCAGCAUCCCCCUGUGGCCUGGCACUGUCUUCAGCCACCCAGCAACCAGCUGUUGGGCCUCCCCAACCCCGUUUAACUUUUGUGCAUCCCAAAUCUGUAUCCUUGACUGGAGGAAGGCCCAAGCAGCCCCCCAAAAUAGUGCCUGCUCCCAAACCGGAGCCCGUGUCCUUGGUAUUGAAGAAUGCUUGCAUUGCCCCAGCUGCCUUUUCAGGACAACCACAAGCAGUGAUCAUGACAGGCCCUCUGAAGAGAGAAGGGAUGUUGGCUUCUACCGUGUCCCAGUCCAAUGUGGUCAUCACGCCUGCUCCCAUCGCCAGGGCUCCUGGAGUCACAGAGUUCCACAGCGGUAUCCUGGUGACAGACCUGGGCCACGCCACAAGCAGCCAGCCUGCCCCUGUCUCCCGGCUCUUCUCUGCAAGUGCAGUGCAAGACUCCCUGGUGAAGGGCGAGCAGGUCCCACUGCUCGGGGCCAGUCCCCAGGUCGCUGCCGUGGGUUCCAGUCGUGAUGGUCCGAACUCAGGGCAGGCCUCUCCGUGUGCUUCAGAACACAGCCCCAGCCCUCAGUCUCCCCAGAACAACUGCUCAGGGAAAUACUCGGCAGAUCCCAAAAAUGUGGCUGUGUUAAAGAAUCGGCAGAUGAAGCACAUUUCAGCCGAGCAGAAGAGGCGCUUCAACAUCAAGAUGGGCUUUGACACCCUGAACAGUUUGAUCUCUAACAGCUCCAAACUGACCAGCCACGCUAUCACGCUGCAGAAGACAGUGGAGUACAUCACCAAGCUGCAGCAGGAGCGCAGCCAGAUGCAAGAGGAAGCUCGGCGGCUGCGGGACGAGAUUGAGGAGCUCAAUGCCACCAUCAUCUCCUGCCAGCAGCUGCUCCCUGCCACAGGGGUCCCCGUCACCCGGCGCCAGUUUGAUCACAUGACAGACAUGUUUGACGAAUAUGUAAAGAGUCGGACCCUGCAGAAUUGGAAGUUCUGGAUUUUCAGUAUCAUCAUCAAGCCGCUGUUCGAGUCCUUCAAGGGGAUGGUGUCCACCAGCAGCCUGGAAGAACUGCACCGGACAGUGCUGUCCUGGUUGGACCAACGCUGCUCCCUGCCUGUCCUCAGGCCAACUGUGCUGAACACCCUCCGGCACCUGAGCACCACCACCUCCAUUCUCACAGACCCAUCCCAGCUGCCGGAGCAGGCGGCAGAGGCUGUCACCAGGAUUGGCAAGAGAUCGGGGGAGUCUUAGCAGCGCUUAGUGGGCAUGUGCCAUACAAGAUGCCAGAAGACCCUUCCCUGCCUGUGAGAGGAGGCUGUACCCCGCGCCUCUCCUGACUCAGAGCCUUGGGGCCUCCCUCCAACUCUGUUGGCCCACUGGGCUGCUCAAAUGCCCUCUCAGGUCUGAAGCAGGUUCAGGUCCUGCCAACAGCAAUAGCCCAUCUUUGGGAACCCCUUGCUGUAACUCACUCAGCGACCUCAGUCACAAUCUCCACUGCCCUCGGGGCAGCCCAGACAGGAACGCACAGUUCCAGUCCUGUCCUGCUGGCCUUAGGGGCCCACGGAAGUAGCUGGGACACAGAGGCAACGCCUGCGCCUGGAAUUAGAGAACUUACAGGUCCCUGCCCAUCCCUGUCUGUCGCAUCCUGGGCGGUUAUUUCCUCUGAAUGGUUCCCUGCCUGCUCUGGCCCGCCCCUGGGGCAGCUGGAAGCACCUUCCUUCCUUCCCCAGACUCUGAGCUGUAGACAGACUUGGACAGCUGCUCAGGCUUACGCACCAUCAGCUGCCUGGGGAACCCCGGGACUCAAGUGUGUGAAAGCAAAGGUACACGGACAAGAAGGAAAGCAGGAACAUGCAAAGCUGCUGUUCCGGCUCGAGACCCUCCCGGGCAGCGUCUGACCUGUUUUGAUUUAGCUCCAUGUGCCAUGGCGGGCAGCAUCCCCAGAGUCACUGACUGGAGAACUGUGGUGGGGACUCGGCCCAGGGCCUCGGCAGAUGUCAGCUCACAGAGUGGCCCUUCCACACCAUUCUUGACUUGUUUCCAUGCUCAGCUCGGACGGGCCAGCAGUGCCUGAUGGACAGGCGUGGCCCUUGCAGUGUGGCGUUCAAAAAGCCAGACUCCAUGGCGCUCCCACCAGCCUGGUCAUCUUUUCUGUUCUGUUCACCUGGGAGCCUCAAACCAUAACAGUUCUCGGACCAAAUGUCACCAUGCCCAAAAGCUGUCCUGUCCUGUGUCUGGAGGAAGAAAUUGAAUGUUGACAGGCAGAAGUCGGAGGUGGCCAGCCUCAGCUGUCUCCAGGUGUCGCCCAGAUCAGACAGUGAAGAGCUGCACUGAGUCGACGAGGUGGAGGAUACCUGGGGACACUGGGUUGUUCCCGAGUGUGGGAAUUGCAGCGGGGAGGGCCCGGAGGAAGGCGUGGCAGGAGGGUGAUCCAGGCCAGUCCUCGCUGUAUCUGCCAGAGCAGCAAGCAGGUGAAGGGCGCGCCAACACUCAGGAAGCCCCGCCAGGGCCCCUCCUCAUUGAAAGAAUGUACUUUUAUCAUCCUGCUGUGAAGUUCCGAGGGCCAGCUGACUCCUCUGUCCCCGCCCAAGAUGGAGACGGCAGUGCUGGGCAGGCCUGGAGGCCUGGGUGGGCUUUGAGGGGGCUCGGGAGCCAUGUGAGGGGGGACCACGGCUACCUCCUGAAGUUCUGAUCCAUUUGGAAGCUCCCCUGGUUCCUGGAGGCCCGAGGAAGGUACUCAGAGAGCAACCAGCCCCUCCUCAGCCUUGGGUGAUGGAGGCUGGAUGGGGGUUCGCUCCCUGUUGCCGUCUGCGCCACCACCUCUGCCGCAGGUCACUGACCCAUCGCCUGCUCCCUGGUCUGUGCUUCAAGCUUGUGGGGCCACCCCCUCAGCCUCCCCAGAAAACGUGUUUACAGUCCUUCUGGUCUCCCUUUCCUGAGGGGCAGGCACAGGACGAGGCUGGGCUGGUUCUUCAUUUCCACUGGGAAUGUAAGAGCACCAUCUUUACCCUUCAAAAGGGGAAGACCAUGUCAUGACUGGGGUCAAAGGGAAAAGAAAACACGAAACGUUCGCAGCUGUGAGGGCUUGUGGAGGGUUGUGCCCCCCCCAGAUCUGUGCCUUCCUAAACCACGCAGGUGGCGACAGCGCUGGCCCAGCCUGGGCCUCUCCUAAACCAGUAGCUUUCUCCCCACCCCUUGCUGGGAGUCCUCCUUUUUAAAAUGCCCCGGGAUGUAACAUUGGCCUCUUGUGUCUUUGGCCUACCUCUUCCCCUCUCUCCCUCUUGCUGACUUAAUGUUCAGGUUCUGUUUUGUAGGUAUUUAAGGCUGUUGGGUGGUGUGUGACUUUGAAGUGUGUGUGUGUGUGUGUGUGUGUGUGUGUGUGUCUCGCAUGUUUUGUUCUGAGUGAUUACUUAAAUCUUCUCUUGGUGCUCGCAGUUACCGCGGCUACAGGGCCACAGAGCUGCUUCUCUCGCUGCAGACACGGUUGUUUCCUGUUCGAGGGGUUUUCUUGUUUUGGAGUCUUGCCUGAUGAGCCCGGCCAGUCACAAGGGCCUUUUGGCCUCUAUCCUGGGGUCCCCUGCCAGGGCAUGGGGAAACCGAGGCAGUCUGCUGGCCGCCUCCAUUGGGUGCUGACUGUGGGGCUGUGGUUUGUUUACACUUGUUUUCACUCCCGCUCUGUCCCAACUCCCAUAAAAGAAACUUAAAAAUGCUGACACUUUGGAGGAUGAGAAUCAUUUUGAAAAGGAAAAAAAUCCUGUCUGGCACGUAAACUUCUGCAAGUGUUUCUGUGAAAUCUUUCUGUGCCAUCACUGCUUCUUGCUCUUUCACAAUGAGUGGAGGGUGCAGGGACAGAGCAGGGGCCACUGUGGGGCUUUCUGAAAGCAGAAAGGCCUGUCCCUCCUGUCUCCGGUGGGUCACGCACCAGCUGCCACCCCUCAGGGGGUCCCCAACCCUGUGGCAGACCUGCAGCUUGGCAGAGGUUUUCUGGGGGUGGGGCAGAGAAACGCCCAGCAUGCCCUGUUCCUGGGACUCUGUGGGAGGAGGGGUGUUCACUGGUCACCUGCGUGUCCUUGGGCACCCAACUUUCUCCAAUUCCUGUCCUUGUGACCUGACUCCACUUUCUCUUUUCAGAGGUCAGGUCUGAAGGGGUUUUUCUGUGGCCAAUAGAAAUAUAAACUUAGAUUCUCAGGGGACAUGGGACCCCAGGGUGGUGCCAAACCCCUUAGUGCCACCCCAGGUGAAGGGGUGUGGUAGUGGGAGACAUCGUUGCCUGAUCCUGGCACACCCGCCUCCAGAAGGGGUCACACACUCCUGUCUCCAUGUGCAGCCCUGGCUAGCUCCACCCCGGCUUCCUCUGGCUGGGCUUCCCACCUAGACGAGUCCUGGGGUGGCAGGGUGGUGGUUUUCAAGAUCAGACGUUUACUGUCUGGCUGAACAAGAACUCGGAGUGGAGCAGGGCUGUCCUCUGAGUCUGCGUGGCCGGCAGACACUCGGUGUGCAGGGGUGGGUGCUGUGGACCAGGCCCUGCGCCACCUGGCCCUGCUCAGUUCAGUUCUUUUUAUUUUUUAUUUUUUUAAUAUAUAUUGAUUUCAGA